GUAAGUGAGCCAGUUUCAGGCAGUUCAUUCGACGACUCAUUCGCUCGCUCUUCCACUGAGCUGUCAAACACUUUAGAUAUUAAAAUAUAGAUGGCCAGCUAGCUAAGGAACUAUAUGACUCUUCAACAACGUUUUCCCAUUUAACAAUAGCUGUUCUCGUCUUACUAUGACUCUCAGGUGAUCUUCAGAGAGUCCAGGUGGUUCUGGGGUCCAGGUUUGUGUCGUGAGAGGGAGAGCUACAGAGGGGAGGAGGAACGUCUGGGGGCGUCGCAGCUCGGGUUCUCAAGCGGUGCUCAGUGGGCUUGGUGACUCAUCUGCAGAAUGGAGAAAGAAGACCUGAAGAUCGUGAACAAGGAUGAGGAGGAUGAGAUGGAGCUCCAGGGGUACCGUGUGUGUCGGUGGCGCGUGGCGCUGGUGGGUCUUUGGGUGCUCUGUACGGGGGGCUUCCUUCUGCUGCUGCUCUACUGGAUGCCAGAAUGGUGUGUGAAGGCCACCUGUAGCCGGACCACUGUCAGAGAGGCCGAAGUGGUGCUGCUCCAAUCCACCGAUGAGUUUAAGCGCUGGUUCCUAGCCAAGGUGCGUGUGAUGCUGGCCCCAGGGAGGAACCCCUUUGACAGCCUGGAGACCCAGACCACUCCCCCCAUGGCCAACGGACACUCCCCCCACUCCUCGAACAGCCCCAGCCAGGAGUUCAACAGGAAGUAUGCAGAGUACCAGCCCACUCAGAUUCGCUAUUUUACACUCCAUAGCACAAAGUACUACUGGAACGACGAGGUCCAGAAUUUUGAGGUGUUAACGGGCUUGGAAGACCUGGAGGUGACCUGUUCCAACAUCCACUCAGAGCACAGCACGGGGCUCACCAGCAACCAGCAGGAGUACAGGAGACUGUUUUUUGGAGUGAAUGAAAUUGCAGUGAAAGUGCCUUCAGUUUUCAAGCUGCUAAUCAAAGAGGUCCUCAACCCUUUCUACAUCUUCCAGCUCUUCAGUGUGAUCCUGUGGAGCGCAGACGAGUACUACUACUACGCCGUAGCCAUCGUCUUCAUGUCGGUCAUAUCCAUAGCUACCUCUCUGUACACCAUUAAAAAGCAAUACGUCAUGCUUCACGACAUGGUGGCAGCACACAGUAUUGUCCGUGUUUCAGUCUGCAGAGCCAACAACGACAUCGAGGAGGCCCUGUCCACUGACCUGGUGCCCGGCGAUGUCAUGGUCAUCCCUAGCAACGGGACCAUCAUGCCGUGUGAUGCGGUGCUGGUCAGCGGCACCUGCAUUGUCAACGAGAGCAUGCUGACAGGCGAGAGUGUGCCCGUCACCAAGACCAACCUCCCCAACCCGGGUGAGGGGGACAAGGAGGGUGACGGGGCCUACAGCAUGGAGGAGCACAAGAGACACACCCUCUUCUGUGGCACACACAUCAUCCAGACUCGUUUCUACUCAGGGGAACUGGUCAAGGCAGUGGUGGUCCGCACAGGCUUCAGCACAGCUAAGGGCCAGCUGGUGCGCUCCAUCCUCUACCCCAAGCCCACGGACUUCAAGCUGUACCGCGACGCCUACCUCUUCCUGCUGUGCCUGGUGGCUAUAGCCGGUAUCGGCUUUGUCUACUCCAUCGUCCUCAGCAUCAUGAACAAGGUGCCAGCCAAGACCAUCAUCAUCGAGUCCCUGGACAUCAUCACCAUCACCGUGCCCCCCGCGCUGCCCGCUGCCAUGACGGCGGGCAUCGUGUACGCCCAGCGCCGCCUCAAACGCAUCGGCAUCUUCUGCAUCAGCCCCCAGAGGAUCAACAUCUGUGGCCAGCUCAACCUGGUCUGCUUCGACAAGACGGGUACACUCACAGAGGAUGGACUAGACUUAUGGGGAGUCCAGAGAGUGGAGAAUGGCACUUUCCACCUGUCAGAGGAGAAUGCCUACAAGGAGAGUCUGGUCAAGUCCCAGUUUGUAGCCUGCAUGGCCACCUGCCACUCUCUUACCAAGAUUGAUGGCCAGCUGUCCGGAGACCCUCUGGACCUGAAGAUGUUUGAGGCCACAGGUUGGAUCCUGGAGGAGGCCACUGAGGAGGAGACCUCCCUCCACGACCGCAUCAUGCCCACCGUGGUGCGGCCCCCCAAGCAGCUGAUGCCCCCCGAGCCCGUCAUGUCACCCGAACAGGACAUGGAGCUGUAUGACUUGUCGUUGGCCUAUGAGAUUGGUAUUGUGCGUCAGUUCCCCUUCUCCUCGGCGCUGCAGAGGAUGUGUGUGGUAGCCCGUCUGCUGGGGGAGAAGCGCAUGGAUGCCUACCUCAAGGGGGCGCCAGAGGUGGUGGCCAGCCUCUGCAAGAAAGACACUGUUCCAGAGGACUUUGCGGAGGUUCUGGAGGACUACACCAAGCAGGGCUUCCGGGUCAUCGCCCUGGCCCACCGCCGCCUCGAGUCCAAACUCACCUGGCACAAAGUCCAGAACGUCAACAGGGACCAGAUGGAGGCCAACAUGGAGUUCCUGGGGUUGAUCAUCAUGCAGAACAAGCUGAAGGCUGAGACCGCCGGGGUACUGGAGGACCUCCGCAGGGCACACAUCCGCACCGUCAUGGUCACUGGUGACAACAUGUUGACAGCCAUCUCAGUGGCCAGGGACUGUGGCAUGAUCCCCCCUCAGGACCGGGUCAUCAUCGCCGACGCGCUGCCCUCCAAAGAUGGUCAGUCGGCCAAGAUCAACUGGCGCUACGCAGACAAACCCAGCAAACAUGUGGGCAAAGCCCCACGCCUGGAGGAAGUAGAGAUCAGUCUAGAGGAUGUUUGUCACACUGACGAGCCCAAGUCUCAGGACCAGUACCACUUCGCCAUGAGUGGCAAGUCCUUCGCUGUCAUCACUGAGCACUUUCAGGAUGUGCUGCAGAAGUUGGUGCUGCGUGGCACAGUGUUUGCCCGAAUGGCCCCCGACCAGAAGACCCAGCUCAUCGAAGCACUGCAGAGUGUGGACUAUUUUGUGGGCAUGUGUGGAGAUGGCGCAAAUGAUUGUGGUGCUUUGAAGAAGGCUCAUGGUGGGAUCUCUCUCUCUGAGCUGGAGGCCUCUGUAGCCUCUCCCUUCACCUCCAGGACCCCCAACAUCUCCUGUGUCCCCAGCCUCAUCAGAGAAGGGCGAGCGGCUCUCAUCACCUCCUUCUGUGUGUUCAAGUUCAUGGCACUCUACAGCAUCAUCCAGUACAUCAGUGUCACCCUGCUCUACUCUAUCCUCAGUAACCUGGGAGACUUCCAAUUCCUCUUUAUCGACAUCGCAAUCAUCCUCCUCAUCGUCUUCACCAUGUCUCUGAACCCAGCAUGGAAGGAGCUGGUGUCGAGGCGUCCCCCCUCAGGUCUGAUCUCAGGCCCUCUGCUGUUCUCCGUGCUUACUCAGAUCCUCAUCUGUCUGGGCUUCCAGACCAUCGCUUUCCUCUGGGUCCGACACCAGGCCUGGUACGACAUCUGGACGCCAGAGUUAGAUGCCUGCAACUCGUCCCCCCAUGUCAACUUCUCCCCAAAGCACAACUCCUCUGAGGACGACCACAACAUCAAGAACUACGAGAACACCUCCCUGUUCUAUGUCUCCUCCUUCCAGUACCUCAUCGUGGCCAUCGUCUUCUCCAAGGGGAAGCCCUUCAGACAGCCCAGCUACAAAAACUGGCCCUUUGUGCUGUCAUGUAUUGGCUUGUACAUAUUUCUGUUCUUCAUCAUGUUCUACCCUGUGUCUGCUAUCGAUGAAUUCCUAGAGAUUGUGUGUGUUCCGUUUGAAUGGAGAAUCACUCUGUUCUUCAUCAUCGUAGUCAAUGCAGCCGUGUCUGUCUUGGCGGAGACCCUCGUCCUUGACGUCGUCUUAUGGAAGCUUGUGUUCAGCCGAGACAAGCAGGGCAGCUAUGGCACCACCCCUGCCACCCCGACAACACAGGGUGGCAUAGACCUCUGGGGACCCAAGUGUCUGUCGUGGCUGUGCUGCCGGCAGAGGAAGGUACCCAAGGCACUCUACAUGCAUCUGGCCCAGGAGCUGAGCGUGGACCCCGACUGGCCCCCCAAACCCACCACCACCACCGAAGCCAAUCCCCCGCCGCCCGGCAACACCCCAGAAAACUGCUCCUCCUACCAGAUCAUGGCCGACUCCUAGCACCCCCCCGCCCCCGAUCUUGCUAAAGCAGAUAUACAUACACGACCAAAAGGACAAAAAAUAAACUGUUGUCUAUGAAAAGGACGAGGCGAAAGACUAUGAAAGAUGGGGUGAUGGUAAAAAUGGUUUGUGGGAUGGACAAAUGGGAGUGUGGAUCCUCCAGGUAUCUGGUCUCUCCAUGCUCUUUGCUGCUCAGAUCCAUCACAGUGUUCAGACCCUGGCUAGUCUACAUAAGCCCCACCAACCAAACCCCUCAACCUGCCACCACCCCCUGGUCUACAAAGGUUUGUCUACUACACAAAUACAUCCCAAGGAUAGUUUACUCUAGCGAUUCUCAACUGGUGG